AUAUUUGCGAAGCAUACAUGCAGAGAUCCGCAUAACUGCUCUUUUUAUCGACAACGAUCUUUCAACAAAUGUUUGAUUAGCAAAACAUGUUUCCUUCUUAUUAUACCACUCGUAAUUGAUAUAGCAAUCGUGCUUACAUUGUCUGAAGUGGACAUAAUAUGGCGUCAAAUUAUCUGUGUUCGUGAGUUUACAGUGAAUAUGAUUCGUAUUGGAUUGAUUUACAUAGUAUGUCAUGUCUACUGGGUAGGAAAUCGUCUACAGUUUGUACACAAAGAGAUACAUACAACUAUACAAAUUGCGAUAAAAUAUCCACAAAACACAAAUAUCACAGUUAAUGAACUAAAAAUAUUGAAAUCUCUUUAUGGUCGCAUUUGGAAAAUAAGUCGACAAAUUAACGAACGUUUUAAUUGGACCAUUUUAACAGUAGUGACCUUUGAAUGUUGGAAGAUUUCUAAUGGAAUCUAUUGGGUAUUUAUGCGCAUUCGAUACAAUCAUUGGGUUUUAAUUUGGCAGUCAAUUGCUUUUCAUGUACCUGCACUCAUAGCUUUGGUGGUAUUAAUCCAAGAAAUUGAAUAUUGGAGAAAGAUGACCAAAAAAAUUGUAAAAUCGAUUUUUGUAAAAAAACAUCCGCACGAAACUCUAAUUCGAAUGAUACGAAAGAUUGCAUACACAUUACACUUAUGUCCAUUUCAAUUUUCCGCCAUGAAUUUUUUUUAUUUGAGUAAAAAAAUAUGUGUCCCUAUGAUUUCCGGUAUAGUAACAUUGAUGUUUCUUCUCGUUUCCAUUAGUCCGUCAUAUGAUAAUUAACCACCAUCCCUC